AGAUCUAAUCUAGCAACGACGGCAUUCAAAUAUAAAGCAUCCAUAACCAGUAAGCACGGUACUCAGCGUUGAAUCGAAGCCAUGAAAACCCUCAUUUGUUCAUCCCAAACUCCUCUCCACCUUUCAAAUCCUCCUCCAUCGAAGCCCAGAAGCCCAUUCCUCCAUCCCACAACCCUGCUAAACCUAAAACAUCCCAUAAAAAGCACACUCAAACCGCGGGCCAAUGCCGCCAAAGGCUUUACAGGUAAACCUCCUACCCCGCUAAAAGAAACUGCCACUCGUACUGAAAAAUCCAACAAAACCAAUAGCGAUGACGACGAAGAAGUUCCACAAGUAGUGUACUACAGAAUAAUAGCAAGAAUAUUGACGUUUGUUGGGGUGCCUAUGGCCAUUGGUUUAGCGUUGUUGCACAUAUUUGAUGUGAUUAAGGAGCAACAGCUGUGGGAUAUGCCACUAUGGCUCCCUUUCACGACAACGUUUUUAACCUUCGGGGCAUCGACUAUGGGGAUUGCCUAUGGUGCUCUGUCUACAAGUUGGGAUCCAGAGAGGAAAGGUUCAGUUUUUGGGUUUGAAGAAGCUCAAAAGAAUUGGGUUGAGAUUUGGAAGGAGGAGGAUAUGAGAGCCUGAGGAGACGAUCGGCCUAUGGAUCGAUGAUGAAGGUGGGUCCUACGCCUUAUGAAAAUCACAUCGACUGAUUUGAUCUCUUUUCAUCCACCAUGUCUUCGCAAAUCAUCUCAACCAGUUAGUCUUCUUGAAAAGGAAAGUUACUGUUAGUAUUGUUGUAAGAAACAUGUUAAUGGGCUACAAUUUUUUAUCUUUUCUAAACCAGUGAUCGAUUUUGUUCUUUCUUCAA